GUACAAAGGGCCAAUGUCAAGCUGUUCUCCAGUUGCACAUGCUUGUGCAGCAUUCCAAAGCCAGUCUCCGCCCUCACUGAGCCCUGUCAGAAGGGCACUGGAGUCCGGCAGUGAUGAAGAAGGGUCUCAUCCUGGUGUUCGAGGCCACGAUCCUGUAGCUAGGCGAAUUCUGGAUGACGAAUGCAACGGAAGUGACUCAGACUUGCGGCAUAGCGCAGGAGUUCAGAUUCUUCAACGUCCUGGAGGCACAGCUGAAAGCGAGAGCGAGGAGGAUUGCAACAACACUCCAAUGCUUGUAGAGCCUUGUGGAGCCGAUGGGCACAGAGAUUUCAAUGACGAGGAUGAUGCAGAUGAUGUCCUUCAGGUCAGUGCCACAGAAAGCCCAAAGGCGUACAUGGAGAGUGAAAAAGCUGAGAUUCCGGACAGCCCAACUGCAGACACCGCAGAGAUGGUGUCCGCCGUAUCUGUCUCAGCGUCUAGCGAAGUGCCUGAAGCUCCGGAAGCUCAAAUUGUCGCAGCUGAGUCGGCUGAACAGUGGACGGGUAUGCUACCUCCAGAAGCAACUGGCACUUGGGAAGUGUCUGAGGAGGUAUGCUCCCUGCCUUGCUCUGGCGCGAAUAUGAAGCUUCCCCGUCCGGUCUACGACAGGCUCUACAAGUACCAGCGCCAAGGUGCAGUAUGGAUGUGGAACCUUUACCACAAAGGUCCAGGCCCAAGCUGCAAUCAUUGCAAUUUUUGCAAUCAUUGCAAUUUUUGCAAUCAUUGCACUCAUGUAUGCUCUUGCAAAAGCUCGCACUGUCGCAACUGGAAAAUCAUUAAAUCGUAG